CUGGAACGCUAAUGAAAGUUUUUUCAUAGACACGUUUUCUGAACAAAUUUCUGCUGAAAUUAACAGAAAUGUGUGCCACAGUGCCUGUGACGCCAUGAGUCUUGUGUAACCCGAUUCUCCAACAAAUGAGACUCUGGGAUUUUUGGGAACAACUGGGAACAAGAUGGCUGGCGAAGGCGAAGGAAACACUUACCCUCCGCAUUAAGUUUUACCUUAAGAUUGCAGCUGGGAUCCAGUCGCUGAUAACAAUAGAUAGACUGAAAGCGGCAUAGUUAAUAUUCUGUGCGUAUAAGUAGAUAGUCGGACGCUUCACCAUUGAGAAGAUUUUGGCAGUUGUCUUACUUUUUUCCCUAUCAUCAGUUUCUAACUUAACUUUUUAACCACUAGAUUAAAAACUUCUUAAAGGCAACUUUAAUCGCUCAGUUUGGCUUAGAUGUCUAACAGAUGACUAGAUUGAAAGAAAAAGUGAGCCGUACGUGGGACAGUGUGCUGGUCAGAUAUACUUUUAUGAAGGUCAAAAAUGUGUCUGCGGGAAGAUAAUUUUUGAAAAGCUGGCUGAGGUUCCUGUGGCGCAGCCGUUCUUUCUGGGUUUGGGCAUCAUCUCGUAGAUACAUUCCGUAAAACGCCGAGGGUAAUUGAUGUAUUAAACGCAUCAGUGCAUUGAAGAAUAUGAGCUCGAAUCGAGUUCGGUCCCAGCAGCCACAGAAUCGGGCGGCAAGGCUCGGCGCUGGACCCGCUGGAACCUCUAUGAGUCACAGGCUGGAUCCAAGCGAAGGAAUCGAGAUGGAAAGGAUUCAUCAUCGGGACCUGGGGCUUGGGGGGUCCCCGGGGGCGUCCAGCCCACCCUCCUCCAGCUCAAGGCAAGCAUGGAGCCGUGACAACCCAGGGUUCGAGCCCGAGGAAGAAAUGCUGGAUGCGGACUGGCCCCCGGCGAGCCCGGGCAGGAGGUCCGUAUCCACCGCGUCGAGCAGCAGCAGCAGCGGCAGUAGUGGGCUGGGGAGCUUUAACGGGGGCAGCAGCAGUAGCGGCGGCGGCGCGGCCCGGAUGCACCGGGGGCUGUAUCCCACCCCGGCCCCCGAAGGCCAGCAUCAGGACACGCACGGCCACCGGGACUGUGGGAAGCGGAUCCUCGAGAAAAUACGAAUUUUGUGGGGAACGCGUCUAACGGAGGACAGUGACAGCAGUAGGGAGAGAUAUUUAAAGAACGUCCUUCGGGAGAUGGUCACCUACAUCGUCUUUCUCAUCACCGUGUGCAUGUUGACUUACGGCAUGGUGAGCUCCAAUAUGUACUACUACACCAAGGUCAUGACACAGUUGUUCCUGGACACACAGUUGUCAAGCUGUGAUACCACCAGUUUUAGAAAUCUGGGAACCACGGAUGAGUUCUGGAAGUUUACAGAGGGACCACUUCUUAAUGGACUCUACAGGGAGGGUUGGUACAACAACAAGACUCUUACUGAGAAUCAAACCUUCAUCUACUACGAGAACCUCCUUCUGGGGGUCCCGCGAUUGAGGCAGGUGAAAGUGAGGAACGGGUCCUGCUAUGUCCAUGAAGACUUAAAGGACGAGGUGACAGAAUGCUACGGCCUGUACUCCACCGCCAACGAGGACACGUCUCCGUUUGGGCUCAGGAACGGAACCGCGUGGGUGUACACGGACGCAGCCAUUACGAAUGGAAGCAGCUACACUGGGGAGAUCACCACCUACAGCGGGGGAGGGUACUACCAGGACCUAUCCCGCAGCAAGGAGACAGCAGCUGCUCUGCUGCACUUGCUCAGGACCAACCUGUGGAUAGGUCGGGGCACCCGGGCAGUGUUCAUCGAUUUCUCCAUCUACAACAGAAACAUCAAUCUCUUCUGCAUCGCCAAGCUGGUGGUGGAGUUUCCGGCCACUGGGGGAGCUGUGACCUCUUCACGGUUCCAGACAAUCAAGCUGACCCGCUACGUAUCUGGCUGGGAUUACUUGAUCGCGGCCUGCGAGGUCGCCUUCUGCUUCUUCGUCAUAUACUACUUCGUGGAGGAGGCCUUGGAGAUUCGUAUACACAGACUCCAAUAUUUCCGAAGCUUGUGGAACUGCUUGGAUGCGCUUAUUGUUUUGCUCAGCAUCCCUGCCAUCAUCAUCAGCAUUUACGGAAUGUCCACGGUGAGCAGUCAGAAUCUUCUGGAAAACCGCGACACUUACCCCAGUUUUGAGCAGAUGGCCAAUCUGCAGUUUGACUUCAACAGUCUAGCAGCUGUCAUUGUCUUCUUCUGCUGGAUCAAGCUCUUUAAAUUCAUCAACUUCAACAGGACCAUGAGCCAGUUAUCGACCACCAUGUCUCGCUGUGCCAAGGACAUCUUGGGAUUCGCCAUCAUGUUUUUCAUUAUAUUCAUCGCCUACGCCCAGCUGGCCUACCUUGUGUUUGGGACACAGGUGGACGACUUCAGCACCUUCAAGGCUUGCAUCUUCACACAGUUCCGUAUCAUCCUGGGUGACUUUGAGUUCUCGAAAAUUGAAGAGGCAAACCGAAUCUUGGGCCCCAUUUAUUUCACUACCUUCGUCUUCUUCAUCAUCUUCAUUCUAUUGAAUAUGUUCUUGGCCAUCAUAAAUGACACUUACUCUGAAGUAAAAGCUGACAUGGCUCAACACAAGUCUGAAAUGGAGCUGGCCGACCUCAUUAAGAAGGGCUACAACAAGGCAAUGGUGAAGCUCAGGCUGAAGAAGACAACAGUGGACGACAUCUCGGAGAGCUUCCGGCAUGCUGGGGGAAAGCUGAACUUUGAUGAGUUACGGCAGGAUCUGAAAGGGAAAGGGCACACCGACGCAGAGAUCGAAGCCAUCUUCGCCAAGUAUGACCACGAUGGAGAUGAGGAGCUUACAGAGCAUGAGCACCAGCAGAUGAGGGAUGACUUGGAGAAGGAGAGAGAAGACCUUGAGCUGGAGCGUAGCUCCCUGGCCCGUCCAGCGAGUGGGCGGAGCUUCCCGCGCAGUCAGGAUGACUCCGAGGAGGACGAUGACGAGGACAGUGGCCACAGUUCCCGUCGCCGUGGUAGCAGCUCAGGGGGCGUCUCCUACGAAGAGUUUCAAGUGCUGGUGAGGCGCGUGGACCGCAUGGAACACUCCAUCGGCAGCAUCGUUUCCAAGAUGGACGCCGUCAUCGUCAAGUUGGAGGCCAUGGAGCGAGCCAAACUGAAGAGGCGGGAUGUGCUGGGCCGGUUGCUGGACGGGGUGAUGGAGGAUGAGCGGAUGGGGAGAGAGAGCGAGGUGCACAGGGAGCAGAUGGAGCGCCUGGUGAGGGAGGAGCUGGAACGCUGGGAGUCGGACGAUGCAGGUUCGCAGGUCAGCCACCAGCUGGGGGCGGUGCUUGCCCCCGGGGCCCCCUCCCGGCCCCGUGGGUCCCGCCCCUCGUCCUCGCAAUCGACUGAAGGCCCGGACCCGGGGGGUAACAACGGCGCGCACCUAUAAAAUCACCCCAGCUGGCAUAAUUCCGAUCGCAGCUGUAAGUGGUUCCUAUAACCACUGAAAUGUGUUUUUUCAAAUUAUAUAAGCUUUUUAAACCUGACCUGCACCUCAGUUAUUUGCAAAUUGUGACGUACAGAAAUUAAAUUAUUUUAAACUUCGAAACUACAAUGGUACGGUAUAACAGUUGAUUUCUGUGGACUGUAAUGAGGGUGAACUGUGUACCCUUCGCAUUGACCGCACACUCCAGAAGUAAAGGAAGACACAUCUCCUGAAUCCCCAAAGCAAGCGUGGACAGCCGCUGUUGUUAGUCUUACCCUUAAUCUACACUCUCAGAAAAAAGGGUAAAAAUCUGUACCUUUGCUUGUCCCUGGGGCUGUACCCUCGAGGAUUUGCCAAUUGUACCCUUAACUGUAGGUAAUUGUAUCUUUUAAGGUACAGAAAUGGACUCAGGAAUACUUCUGUACCAUUAAAGGUACAUUAAUGCUGUUUGUACCUUUGGGAUGUUACUCAGAGUCUGUUUGUCUGUACCUCACAAGGUUCAAUUACAUGGGUACAAGCAAAGAGUUUUUUACACUUUUUUUCUGAGAGUGUACAGGCUGCGGACAUUUUUUUCUGAUGAAUUUUAAUGAAAAUGAUAUUGCUGGAGGAUGGUCAGCGUGCACUGGGCUGAGUGAAAUACUCCGCUGUUACGGAUAAAAGCGGACCAUAUGCUUUUUAGCUUUGCCGUUUUUAAUUUCAGGAUCAUAGAGCAUGGGCUUUAUAGACCAAUUCCUGCAAACAGGCUAAUUAGGCACUAAGGCUGGAUAGUUUAAAGCUUUUUACCGGUUAAUCUCCGGGACAUUCUGCAUUCUGCCUUCCGCAGCUUGCUUCCAUCUGUCUAACACAGGCCCACUUUGCCGUAUAGGUUGUCAUAUUUACGAAGGUAUUACUCUGUAAUGAUUUAUGCAUGACGCCUUUAACAAACUUCGAUUUGAAGUGCACGUAGUUUCAUGGGAAACCCAUAUGUAAGACUGUACUAUACCAUGCGGAAUGUUCUAGCCCAUUCAUGUAUAUUUUUUCAGGACUUAUUAAAGGAGUUUUUAAAAUAUAUAA